CAUGAAAUUCAUCCGCCACUCAGAAAACUCUCUCUCACUUCGUCCCUUACUUCUUUCUUCCAUUCAUUCUAUAAACCAUUAGUGUGGCUAGGGAGAGGUGUGAGGAAAAGGACGCUUGAAAUCAGGGCCGCGAGGAAAGGUUUACUUACUGCGGAGGGAUACCGCACAGAAGGAUGGCGGUGAGCCUGUCCGUUUUCGCGCCUUUUUGGCAGCGCAAAGUCUUGUGGGAAAGAGGUCGAGUGUUGGGAUAGGAGGAGAGCAGGGAAUUGGGAUUUAAUUAGAGCCGGGAGGGGACGAGCUGACCGCCGCUAUGCAGAAGGACGACCCGGAAUCCUCCAGCUCCUCGGACGGGGGCCCGGGGGAGCUGGUGCGGGAGCAGCUGGAAAGUCUCUGCCGGGAGCUCAACUUAGACGAGGAGACGGCGGCCGAGACUAUGAGCAACUUCACCAAGACGUGGAGCACUUACAGCCUGGAGGGCGAUGUGAAGCACUGGCUGGCAUGUGCCCUGUACGCCGCCUGUCGUAAAGGUUUCAUCCCAACCGUUGGAAGAGGUGUCAUGGAGGGUAAUGGCGUGUCUCUUACCCGUAUUCUCCGCUCUGCCAAGUUAAGCCUGAUACAGUUCUUUAAUAAAAUGAAGAAGUGGAUGGACAUGUCUAACCUCCCCCAAGAGUUUCGGGAGCGGGUGGAAAGGCUGGAGAGAAACUUUGAAGUUUCUACUGUAAUAUUCAAGAAGUUUAAACCUAUCUUCAUGGAUAUAUUUCAAAACCCCCACGAAGAGCUUCCAAGACUGCCAAGAAGCAGAAAGCAAAGGAAACUACAGUGUAACGUUAAAGAUCUGUGCAACUUCUGCUGGACGUUAUUUGUCUACACUAAAGGCAAUUUCAGCCUGAUCGGAGAUGACUUGGUGAAUUCUUACCACUUGCUGUUGUGUUGCCUGGACUUGGUCUAUUCCCACACCUUGCAGUGCCACCACAAAGAUGAUUUGCUCAAUCCAUCAUUCACGGCAGAGCUGUCGGCUUCUGAAGACGGCGAAGAUCCUCCUUGCCUCAUUAGUACAUUAUGUAACCAUUACGAUGGUCUUACAGUAGAAGCUAAAGGAAUAAAGCAGCAUUACUUCAAGCCUUACAUAUCCAAACUGUAUGAUAGAAAGGUCAUAAGAGGAGAUUGCUUGCUGGAUCUUUCAAGUUUUACAGACAACAAUAAAGCCCUAAAUAAGGAGUAUGAAGAAUAUGUCCUUACAGUGGGAGACUUUGAUGAGCGGGUUUUUUUAGGAGAUGAUGCAGAUGAGGAAAUUGGGACCCCCAGGAAAUUUUUGACUGAGCUUCCCAUGGGCAGUUGUACACCAAGGAAGAAUUUGGAGUCCAGCCUGCAGCAGCAUUUUGAGAAGAGGAGAUCAUUUGCCCCAUCUACUCCGUUAACUGGUAGACGAUACCUGAAGGAAAAGGAAGCGGUAAUUACUCCGGUCUCAUCAGCAACACAGUGUGUAAGCAAGCUUCAGAGCAUGGUGACUGGACUCCGCAAUACCCCAAGCGAACAGCUUAUUAAUAUCUUUAGAUCAUGUGCUCGCAAUCCCAUGGAAAAUAUACAGAAUACAGUAAACGACGUUCAGAAACUGUUCUGUCAUCAUUACACUCAGCCAUCAGAAGAUCAGCCCGGUUCUCAUAUUGACUUUGCUGUUAAUCGUUGGAAACUAGCCGAGAUUUUGUACUAUAAGGUUUUAGAAUCGAUUGUUUUUCAAGAAAUCAGGAGACUUAAUGGGAAAGACUUGACGGCACUACUGGAGCAGGAUAUUUUUCACCAGUCACUGCUGGCAUGCUGUCUUGAAAUCGUGCUGUUUGCUUAUAGUUCUCCCCGAAAAUUUCCUUGGACCAUUGAAGUUCUCAAUCUGAGUCCUUUCAAUUUCUAUAAGGUCAUAGAAGUCUUCAUCCGGUCAGAGGAUGGUUUGUCGCGAGACAUGGUGAAACACCUUAACAGCAUUGAAGAACAGAUUUUGGAGGAAAGAGCUUGGACAAGCAACUCUGUUUUGUGGGAGUUACUUCGUGCCUCUGACACAGUGCCAACAUGUGAGGAAGUUAUAAUACCAAGCAACUUUGAAACUGGGAAUGAAGCAGGUUUAGGGCAUCUCCCUAUGAUGCCAGCUUCUCCAAUCAUUCAUCCUCGUUUAAAAGAAGUUCGCACUGAUUUUGGAGGCUCUUGCAGAAGAGAUACGCAGCCACUGUCACCACUUUCUGUUCAUGAACGCUACAACUCUCCUACUGCUGGCAGUGCCAAAAGAAGACUCUUCGGGGAUGAUGGUCCAAAGGAGUCACCAGUAGAAAGAUUGCACACUACCCCAGAGAAUACCAGAAUAAGAAUUGUUCCCUGCCAGCCCUCUGAGAAAAUGUGUGUCUCCCCAGAUAGAACGCAGUUGUUCUGUCAGAGGGUGAAUGUAACAGGUUAUCAAAAUGAAAGCAGCCACCAGCCUUCACAGCCACAAUGUGAAAAUGGCAUUCAGGUUCCCUUGACAGCGCAGGCCUUGAUCAGUCCUAAAAGUCAGCUUUUCCGAACCCAGGAUGUAUGCCCCACAUCUAACAAGCCCAAGAGAACGGGAUCCCUAGCUCUGUUCUUCAGAAAGGUGUACCAUUUGGCCAGUGUUCGUCUGAGAGACUUGUGUUUGAAGCUUGAUUUGCCUAAUGAUUUGAGACGCAAGAUUUGGACAUUGUUCGAGUACUCACUGGUUCAUUGCACAGAUUUGAUGAAAGAUAGACACAUUGAUCAGCUUCUGUUAUGUGCAGUGUACAUCAUGGCUAAGAGUGAUGGAAGCACGAAUGUGGAAGAUGCCAUGAAAAGCUUUAAGAGCUUCUUUCACUGGCGUGGUUUCAUAGAAGACAAUGAAAUAGAAGGGGUAACAAAGGAAGAGAGGCUGUUUCAUGACAUCAUGAAAUGUUACAGGAAUCAACCCCAAGCAGAAAGCCGUGUGUAUAGGCAUGUAUUGGUGAAAAAACUGCCUGAUGUGCAGCAAAGUGACGCUGGAUUCAGCCAGGAUGUGGAAAUGGCUGACUGUGAUUCCAACGACUCUCUCUCGGACUCCAAACAAGCUGCUCGUGCCAGUGACCAAGACAGAGGAGACUUAAUAACGUUUUAUAACAACGUCUACGUGGAACGCGUGCAGCUGUUUGCACUGAAAUAUGCAGUCAGCACUAGUGACCAUCUGGCAUCAGCUCCUCCAAUGUCUCCAUUCCCCAGCAUCAGACAGCAAGCAGUCUCGCCACGUCGUGUGUCCCAGCAGCAUUCCAUCUAUGUGUCUCCACAUAAAAACACAAGUUGUCUCACACCACGCUCAUCGCUCCUGUACAAAUUCAAUGGAAGUCCUUCUAAAAGCUUGGAAGAUAUUAACAGCAUGAUAAAACAAGACCAUAGAAGCCGAAAGCGAGCAAUAACCAUAGAUAGCGACUCUGAUUCUCCCGCAAAGAGGAUGUGCACAGAGAAUGAGGACGUACUCAUAAAACGUCUUCAGGAUGUUGUAAGCGAAAGGGCAAUACGUUAGCUCUUCUCUUCCUAAGCCAUUUCAAUGUGUAUUGCACUGUUAAGUACCUGCAUGCCCGAUCUGUGUCUUAUUAAGCCCGUGCAAUAUGUCUUUAUGCCGCAUUGUAGCUAUUUUAAUCUGUUCUCUGAUACAACUUUUUACAGGUUCUACCCCUAGCAGUUAUGUUUUUAUAUCACACAAUUUAAAACAUUGUGCAUUAUGUAGAAUUUUACUGUCCUUGACUAACAUAUUGCUAUUGCUGAGUUUUUUUUGUUUUUUUUUUUGCAUUCUUUACGCAUUUUAUUAGCAACUCGUACUGUUUUGAUUUUAUAAAUGUAAUAUAGAAACCAGUCCUUUCCAGCGCUGCAGUGGUAAGCACUGCCAACGCUCUUCUCCUAAGAAAAUCAGUAAAUUCAAUAGUUUUACUUUGUUUCAAAGUGCAGCUUUUACAGUAUUUACAAUCUAUAGCAAACUUAUAUCUUUGUUUUUUAUGUAUGUUACAGAGGACAUUACGUAUGCACAGUGGGUGCAGCCUAUUGGUGUGCUAGGAACCAUUGCAAUAAUUGAGUCAUAGUCCAGGUGAUAUUUGUGCAUUAAAGGGGUUUUCUCAGACUUGGGGCUCAUGCACACCAUUUCCGUUCCAUGUUUUUUGUUUUUUUUACAGGUCCAUAUAUGGAACCAUUAAUUUCAAUGGGGCUUAAAAAAAAAAAAAAAACUGCAUUGACUGUGUGCAUUCAAUGUCCGUUCCGCAAAAAAAAAAUAGAACAUGUCCUAUUCUCCUCUGUAUUGCGGACAAGGUUAGGCAUUUUUA